GCGGUGGAGAGCAUCACCCUAUAGUGGACCACCGCCUUCUGACUUGAUUCGGAACUCUGAUGCAAGAACAGACGGUGGACUGUUUCGUGGGGGUCUUAGGAGCAAGGCUGCAGCUGCAGAAAUCAACAACAGCAACAACUUCGCAAGCGUCUAGCAUAAAUACCCCUUUUUCACACAAAGGGGAUUGGGGUUUGGUGCGGUUGAAAGAGACAUUGCUUCUGUUGCUUUUUGGGAGCAAUGAACGUGAGCAGAGACACUGUUCAGGUGGGUGACCUCUCUUCUGCGCCGGCGGUGGUCGUAACAGCUUCAGAAGCGGCGCCCUGCAGCAUUCACGCCGAAAGCAUGGACAGUCACGGGGAACAGAGACUUUCAGGCAACGAGCUGUCGGUUUACUCGUGCCCUGCCAACAGAGACAGACACCAAGGGGACAAUCAGGUCAGCUCGCCGGGACAAGAAGUGGCCGUGGUGGUGCCACCAACCGUGCACAGGACCACCUCGUUUUCAGUACUAGAUAUUCUGGACCCUAACAAAUUUAUCAGUAAAAAGCGCCACGGCUCCAGUAUUCUGUACAGAGACAGCAACGAUUUCGUACUGGGAGCCGAGAACAGAGGUGCCGAAGACUCGUCUGAUCAGAAAGAGCUCUCUGAUGAUUAUGACGCGUGCAAAAAGUCAACAGAUUUAAUCAAAGACGGGGUUUUGUAUAAAUCCGAGGAAUGUGAAAAUGAUUUUAGCAGAAGUACGCACACUCCAGAGAGCGACAUGCAGGACGAGGAGCUGUGCAGCGAGGAGAGCAGCAGCGGCCUGCAGGGCUCAGGAGACGGGGAUCUAGGACACCAAGAAGAGGGCGACUCGGUGGGUCAGCAGCAACAAGGACAGAACGGUCAGAGCCAACAGGCCAAGCCCAAGAGGAAACGCACUGGUUCGGAUUCCAAGUCGGGCAAACCCCGGCGGGCCCGGACAGCCUUCACCUACGAACAGCUUGUAGCUCUCGAGAAUAAAUUCAAGUCCACCCGCUAUCUGUCAGUCUGCGAGAGGUUGAAUCUGGCUCUUUCACUCAGUCUGACAGAGACCCAGGUGAAAAUCUGGUUCCAAAACCGCCGGACCAAGUGGAAGAAGCAAAACCCUGGCGCAGACACCAGCGCGCCGACAGGGGGCGGCGGCGGUGGCGGACCGGGGAGCGGGCUUGGUGGUGGUUUGAGUCUGAGCCCUUCUCCUCCAAUGGGAGGCCAGCUCUCGAUGCACGCCGGUUACCCGGGUCACGCGCCAGGCGGGCUGGUCUGCACUGCCCAGUUACCCUUCUUGCCAAGCCACGCAGUCCUGUCCCCUUUUGUUUUGGGAUCACAAGCCUAUGGGGCGCCGGCGUUUUAUACUUCACACUUGUAAAGGAAGAGAAACAAACUUAUAGCUAAACUGUACGAGUGCAACACACAAAAAAGAUAACAUAAACUGGACUUAGAAGAUUGAUUUGUCUUUUUUUAUUUUUUAUUUUUACAAUCCCGAAAUAAAUUGAAAUACAGGCCUACUAACUUUAAAGAUUAUUACAUGAUUUUUGCCCUGCCACAAAUUACAUUAAAUUGAAUUGUUUUCAGUUAAUUGCAUUGUGAAAUAUAUUUCCCAUUUGGAUGGUGACCAGUCUGUAUUAAGUGUAUUUUUUAAGAUAUUUAAAAGACGAUCAUGGUUUAAAAAAAAAAAAAAAAGACUCGUCAAAAACUGAUAAUAAACAGUAUCAAUAAAUAAACUGCAUAAACAUUUCAUUUGGAAACCAUGUUUUAUAACAUCAAACUUCUGGAAUGUCUUGUAACAUUACUAUAUAUAAAAGUAGAUAAUUGUAAAUCAUUAUUUUAAUUGUAACGGUUUUGUCUGAAGAAUGUAAAGAAUGGUUUUUAUUAUAUGCCCAUUUAAUCUCAGGGUAACUAGAUUAAACAAUGACUAUUCGAUUCAUCAGUUUAAAGAAAAAAAGUGUUUUAAUUUUAUUUUUAACAAAUUACAAAUAUCAUUGAUUAAAAAAAAACACGUACAUGUCUCUAAAGUAUUUUAAAUUAGCAUGUUCAGGUGGGAAAAGAAUAGCCUGCAGGAAACAACCCCCCCAAAAUUGUAAAUUGUUCAUUCCAUAUUUCUAUGUUAUAUAAAAACAAAUAUAAUUUUAUUCUCAAUUACCUGGAAAGUUGCUCUUUUCCCAUGGAUAUCAGACAAACACUGUUAUAUAAAACUAGAAAACAGAUUUAAAAAAAAAAAACUGAAGUUAACGUUUUGGCUUACAGAUUAUAAACAUAUUUUGCUGUUUAUUUUAAUUGUCUGAUACCUUUAUUU